UAGACUUUCAUGCUUUUUUCAUAUGCAAUUCCAGAUAUAAAGCUAUUACUCUGAGACAGAAGGUGAGAGCGAAAGAGACAAUUGAAGGGAACAAAAACCAUCAUCACCUGGAAAAUUAUAUUCCCUCUUUGCCCCUUAUGGAUUCUUCCAGCGGAAAGCCAAGACCAUCUGAUUCUUCAUGCAUCGUUUCUGCAUCCACCACUCUUCCAUUUCCAAAUUCUCCCAAGCUGAGCCUAGAAAAUUACAACAUAGAUGCAGAAGCGGAUCAAGCAGAAGACAAUUAUGAUCAAAAAGCAGGAGAUGAAGGUAUAAGGCUUGACCUUAUGCUAGCAGGAUAUGAUUGUAGUCAACCCGAUCUCAAUCAAGAACUCAAUCUCCUCGACUGGUUAGAGGCAAGUGUAGUCACUCCGAGUUUUAACGGGUCAAGUUCCACUGAACAGAAGCUCUUCUCAUGCAACUACUGUCAAAGAACAUUCUACAGCUCACAGGCGCUUGGUGGUCACCAAAACGCCCACAAAAGAGAAAGAACUUUGGCAAAGCGAGGGCAACGGAUGGCAUCUGCCGCAGCUUUUGGUCAUCCAUAUGGUUUUGCUCCGUUCCCCUUCCAUGGACAGUACAGCAACAGAUCCUUGGGUAUUCAGGCGCACUCAAUGAGUCACAAACCAAGUUCCUAUAACGUUUUUGGUGGUGAGUAUGGUCAGAUCAACUGGUCAAGGAUACCACUCGUUCAGCAACCAGCCAUAGGUAAACUAUCUUCAACAGAGAAUCAUUAUAACCAUCAUCAGAUGAUGAUUGCUCCACCGUUGACUUCCACAUGUGAAAACAUCGGUAGGUUCGAUGUAGAAAGGAUCCCAGUAGAGUUUCCAACUCCCGACCUAUGGCGGAGAGGCGGGGAAUCGUUGAACCCUGCUGAAGAAGAACAGCAGAAGAACCUUGACCUGUCCCUUAAGCUCUGAAAUUCUUUUCUUUAAUUUUUUGAGUUUUGCUCUGAAAUUGUUUUCCUCGAGCCAAGCCUCUGCUCAAGUUUCCAUUGUGCUGGUUUUUUGUUGUCAUUGAUGAUACCUUCACCAGUAUUAUCCAAGGGUUAGUAAUCUUGUGAGUAUAUUUUUUUUGUCUACCAUAGUUCUAUAAUGUACAUCUUUCCACAUUUGUACAUAGUACGAGUUUUCAACUAGCCAUCAAUGGAUUCUAGUAGACACCCAACCACCAUAAAGAAGUUGGUGAA